ACACCGGCGACGCAACACAAAUCCAAAUCCAAACCCUAGCCCUCCCCUCGUCCCCGAUGGCCCGCACGAAGCAGACGGCGCGCAAGUCCACCGGCGGCAAGGCCCCGCGGAAGCAGCUGGCGACCAAGGCGGCGCGCAAGUCGGCGCCGGCCACCGGCGGGGUGAAGAAGCCCCACCGCUUCCGCCCCGGCACCGUCGCGCUCCGCGAGAUCCGCAAGUACCAGAAGAGCACGGAGCUGCUCAUCCGCAAGCUCCCCUUCCAGCGCCUCGUGCGGGAGAUCGCGCAGGACUUCAAGACCGACCUCAGGUUCCAGAGCUCCGCCGUCUCCGCGCUGCAGGAGGCCGCAGAGGCCUACCUCGUCGGCCUCUUCGAGGACACCAACCUCUGCGCCAUCCACGCCAAGCGCGUCACCAUCAUGCCCAAGGACAUCCAGCUCGCACGCCGCAUCCGGGGAGAGAGGGCCUAG